AGCUGUGUGUCCAUGAAGAGUGACCGGUCUAUGGGUCACCCUGUUACCUUCAAACAUGGACGUCAGUCUACUUCAUCUUUUCUUCACAGAGUUCAUCAGCAGAGCUCAGAGGUUCUCAGUGGUCAGUCUGUCCAGCAGCAUCAAACACACCUGGACUCCAUAUUUAUGCUGCUGGAGGAGAACAUCAUCAGUUUUGUGAAGAACGAGAUGAAGAAGAUGCAGAGGGUUGUGAGUCCAGAUUACCCAGAAUGCUUAGAGAGUCAGAGUGAGGAUGAGGAGGUGUUGGACGGUGAGGAUGAAGAGCAGAGGAGGAGCAGCAAAGAGGCAUUUCUGAAGAUCACACUGCACUUCCUGAGGAGAAUGAAGCAGGAGCAGCUGGCUGACCGUCUGCAGAGCAGAACUCGUGCUGCAGAGUGUCGAUAUAAACUCAAGUCUAACCUGAAGAAGAAGUUCCAGUGUGUGUUUGAGGGGAUUGCUAAAGCAGGAAACCCAACCCUUCUGAAUCAGAUCUACACAGAGCUCUACAUCACAGAGGGAGGGACUGCAGAGGUCAAUGAAGAACAUGAGAUCAGACAGAUUGAAACAGCAACCAGGAAACCAGUCAGACCAGAAACAACAAUCAGACAAGAAGACAUCUUUAAAGCCUCACCUGGGAGAGAUGAACCAAUCAGAACAGUGAUGACAAAGGGAGUGGCUGGCAUUGGGAAAACAGUCUUAACACAGAAGUUCACUCUGGACUGGGCUGAAGACAAAGCCAACCAGGACAUACACUUCACAUUUCCAUUCACUUUCAGAGAGCUGAAUGUGCUGAAAGAGAAAAAGUACAGCUUGGUGGAACUUGUUCAUCACUUCUUUACUGAAACCAAAGAAGCAGGAAUCUGCAGGUUUGAAGAGUUCCAGGUUGUGUUCAUCUUUGACGGUCUGGAUGAGUGUCGACUUCCUCUGGACUUCCACAACAAUGAGAUCCUGACUGAUGUUACAGAGUCCACCUCAGUGGAUGUGCUGCUGACAAACCUCAUCAGGGGGAAACUGCUUCCCUCUGCUCGCCUCUGGAUAACCACACGACCUGCAGCAGCCAAUCAGAUCCCUCCUGAAUGUGUCGGCAUGGUGACAGAGGUCAGAGGGUUCACUGACCCACAGAAGGAGAAGUACUUCAGGAAGAGAUUCAGUGAUAAAAAGCAGGCCAGCACAAUCAUCUCCCACAUCAAGACAUCACGAAGCCUCCACAUCAUGUGCCACAUCCCAGUCUUCUGCUGGAUCACUGCUACAGUUCUGGAGGAAGUGUUGAAAAGCAGAGAGGGAGGAAAGCUGCCCACGACCCUGACUGAGAUGUACAUCCACUUCCUGGUGGUUCAGUUGAAACUGAAGAAUGUCAAGUAUGAUGGAGGAGCUGAGACAGAUCCACACUGGAGUCCAGAGAGCAGGAAGAUGAUUGAGUCUCUGGGAAAACUGGCUUUUGAGCAGCUGCAGAAAGGCAACCUGAUCUUCUAUGAAUCAGACCUGAAACAGUGUGGCAUCAAUAUCAGAGCAGCGUCAGUGUACUCAGGAGUGUUCACACAGAUCUUUAAAGAGGAGAGAGGGCUGUACCAGGACAAGGUGUUCUGCUUUGUCCAUCUGAGCGUCCAGGAGUUUCUGGCUGCUCUUCAUGUCCAUCUGACAUGCAUCAACUCUGGAGUCAAUCUGCUGGCAGAAGAACAAAAAACACCCUGGAAGUCUAAAGUCAUGGAAGAAAAUCCUGAACCAACACAUUUCUACCAGAGUGCUGUGGACGAGGCCUUAAAGAGUCCAAAUGGACACCUGGACUUGUUCCUCCGCUUCCUUCUGGGUCUGUCACUGCAGACCAAUCAGACUCUCCUACGAGGUCUGUCGACACAAACAGGAAGUAGCUCACAGACCAAUCAGGAAACAGUUGAGUACAUCAAGAAGAAGAUCAAUGAAAAUCUGUCUUCAGAGAGAAGCAUCAAUCUGUUCUACUGUCUGAAUGAACUGAAUGAUCAUUCUCUAGUGGAGCAUAUCCAACAGUACCUGAGAUCAGGAAGUCUCUCCACAGAUAAACUGUCUCCUGCUCACUGGUCAGCUCUGGCCUUCAUCUUACUGUCAUCAGAAAAAGAUCUGGAUGUGUUUGACCUGAAGAAAUACUCUGCUUCAGAGGAGGCUCUUCUGAGGUUGCUGCCAGUGGUCAAAGCUUCAAAUAAAGCUCUGUUGAGCGGCUGUAACCUCUCAGAGAGAAGCUGUGCAGCUCUGUCCUCAGUUCUCAGCUCCCAGUCCUCUAGUCUGAGAGAGCUGAAUCUGAGUAAUAAUGACUUGCAGGACUCAGGAGUCAAGCUCCUCUCUGCUGGGCUGGAGAGUCCACACUGUACACUGGAAACUCUCAGUCUGUCAGGAUGUCUGAUCACAGAGGAAGGCUGUGCUUCUCUGGCCUCAGCUCUGAGCUCCAACCCCUCCCAUCUGAGAGAGCUUGAGCUGAGCUACAAUCAUCCAGGAAAGUCAGGAGAGAAACUUCUGUCUGCUGGACUGAGGGAUCCACACUGGAGACUGGACACUCUUAGGUAUGGACAGGUUGACACUGUCAGGUAUGGACAGUCAGGGUUGAGGAGGUAUUUCUGUGAACUCACACUGGACACAAACACAGUACACAGACUCCUCAAACUGUCUGACAACAACAGGAAGGUGACACGUAAGAGAGAGGAUGAGUUAUAUCCUGAUUGUCCAGACACACAUAUCUUCUGGGAAAAGCUGCUGUGUAGAAAUGUUCUGACUGGUCGCUGUUACUGGGAGGUCGAGUGGAGAAGAAGUGUUGAUAUAUCAGUGACUUACAGAGGAAUCAGCAGGAAAGGAAACAGUUAUGACUGUUGGUUUGGAUGUAAUGAUCAGUCCUGGAGUCUGAGAUGCUCUGAUUAUUGUGGUUACUCUGUCUGUCACAAUGGCAGAGUAACAUCCAUCCCCUCCUCCCCCUCCUCCUCCUCCUCCUCCUCCCCCUCCUCCUCCUCCUCCUCCUCUUCCUCCUCUUCCUCCUCUGCCUCUAACAGAGUAGCAGUGUAUGUGGACUGUCCUGCUGGCACUCUGUCCUUCUACAGAGUCUCCUCUGACACACUGAUCCACCUCCACACCUUCAACACCACAUUCACUCAGCCUCUGUAUCCUGGGUUUGGGUUCCUGUCUCCUGGUUCCUCAGUGUCUCUGUGUCGUCUGUCUGAGGAAGAGUCUCCUCCUGUGUAGACAAACAGUCACACUGCUGACUGAAGACAGCUGCUGAAAUCACUGUUCACUCUGUUCACCAGUGAACAACAGAAACUGGAAGUGACAGCAGCUUCCUGUGUUUAAAUGUUGAUGGUGGACGAGGUUUCACUCUGGUUUCAUUUGGAUCACUGACUGUGCUUUAAUGUCAGAAUAUUGUUUCUAUUAGAAGUAGUGAAAUGAUCUCCUCUGGGCUGAAUUUAUGUGUAAAAACUGUGUUGACUCUGAUUGACUUCAGUAAAGUUUUCUUGGAGCAGCAUCUAGUAGCUGUUAGUGGCUGUUAGUUAUUCCAUUUUAUCAGGAUCUUAAAGUGAAGUUUUUCCUGAAAAUGUCCAGCAGACAUCCCAGUCUGUUUGA